AUGAAAAUUGCUCGCCCCGUGUGGCAACGUCGCAUCGCCAGAAGCUCCCGGGAGGACGCAGCUUGUGGCAACGUGAGUCCCCGUCAGGACACCACUUGGCGGCGUCCUGACGGGGCUCCGCCUGAGUCCUGCCGCCGCCUGCCCCCGGCUACUGUCGGGCAGCAAAGCAACAGCAAAAGCGGCUGCAUUGCCAGCAACAGGAGCAACAGCCGCAGCACCAGCAGUACCAGCAGCAGUGCCAGCAAUAGAAACAGCACUAUUAAUUCCAACAGCAGUGCUAGCAACAGGGGCAGCAGCUGCAGCAGCAGCAGUAGCACCAGCAUUGCCAGCAAUUGGAGCAGUAGCAGCAGUACCACCAGCAUCAGUGCCAGCAACAGGAGCACCAGCCGCAGCAGCAACAACCGGGGCAUCACUUGA